UCAUCAUCGGGAUUAUGUAGUGUAUACAGCUAUCUGAUUUAGAUCUCGGUUGUAGGUGAGGAAAAAGGCUUUUUUUUUUUCUUUUUCUUCUUUAUCAUUACAUAUAUAAAAAAUGUCAGCACACUCUGGAGACGAACUUGAUAUUGAUAUUAAAGAGCAAGAUCGCUUUCUUCCUAUUGCAAAUGUUGCACGUAUAAUGAAGAAAGCACUCCCCGAAAAUGCAAAGAUUGCCAAGGAAGCCAAAGAGUGUGUGCAAGAAUGUGUCUCUGAGUUCAUUUCUUUCAUUACAAGCGAAGCCAGUGACCGUUGUCAACAGGAAAAGAGAAAGACGAUUAACGGUGAAGAUAUUUUGUGGGCAAUGCAAUCGCUUGGUUUUGAAAACUAUACAGAAGCUUUAAAGAUAUAUCUUGGAAAAUAUCGUGAAGUAAGUUUUUAAAGAUAUAUAAGGGGGUUAAUCUAAACGCGCACGUUAUUGUUACUAUAGACUACAAAGAUCGAAAGAACUACAGCAACUGGCAAAGAAAAGGAGGAAAAUGUUGAUCAAGUACAACAAG